AUGAGACUCUGUCUCCAAACAGCUGUCCAUGUCUGUCGUAUCUCUGGGAGUAGGUUUUGUGUGGUUCAGGGGAGUAAUGAUGCUGCUGAGGAGCUCUUGUUCGUUGAGUUGAGGAAGUCCUCAAGUCACAUAGUGGGGGAAGUUGCUUUGGUGCAUGAGGCUUGGGACGAUUCUUCACCAACAGGUGAGAAGGAUACUUCGGGCUUUCACUGA